GCUUCACAGAAGCCUGUACGCAUGCUCCAGCGCUGAGCUUGAGGAGCCAGUCCAGGGCCUAGGCGCAGACGCACUGAAUCCAAGCAGCAGAUGAUGGCGGCAGCGGCGGCGGUGUCUGCGGCGGGUCCGGGCCCAUGAGGCGACGACGGAGGCGGGACGGCUUUAACCCAGCGCCGGACUUCCGAGACAGGGAAGCUGAGGACAUGGCAGGCGUGUUUGACAUAGACCUGGACCAGCCAGAGGACGCGGGCUCUGAGGAUGAGCUGGAGGAGGGGGGUCAGUUAAAUGAAAGCAUGGACCAUGGGGGAGUUGGACCAUAUGAACUUGGCAUGGAACAUUGUGAAAAAUUUGAAAUCUCAGAAACUAGUGUGAACAGAGGGCCAGAAAAAAUCAGACCAGAAUGUUUUGAGCUACUUCGGGUACUUGGUAAAGGGGGCUAUGGAAAGGUUUUUCAAGUACGAAAAGUUACAGGAGCAAAUACUGGGAAAAUAUUUGCCAUGAAGGUGCUUAAAAAGGCAAUGAUAGUAAGAAAUGCUAAAGAUACAGCUCAUACAAAAGCAGAGCGGAAUAUUCUCGAGGAAGUAAAGCAUCCCUUCAUUGUGGAUUUAAUUUAUGCCUUUCAGACCGGUGGAAAACUCUACCUCAUCCUUGAGUAUCUCAGUGGAGGAGAACUAUUUAUGCAGUUAGAAAGAGAGGGAAUAUUUAUGGAAGACACAGCCUGCUUUUACUUGGCAGAAAUCUCCAUGGCUUUGGGGCAUUUACAUCAAAAGGGGAUCAUCUACAGAGACCUGAAACCGGAGAAUAUCAUGCUUAAUCACCAAGGUCAUGUGAAACUAACAGACUUUGGACUAUGCAAAGAAUCUAUUCAUGAUGGAACAGUCACACACACAUUUUGUGGAACAAUAGAAUACAUGGCCCCUGAAAUUUUGAUGAGAAGUGGGCACAAUCGAGCUGUUGAUUGGUGGAGUUUGGGAGCAUUAAUGUAUGACAUGCUGACUGGAGCACCCCCAUUCACAGGGGAGAAUAGAAAGAAAACAAUUGACAAAAUCCUCAAAUGUAAACUCAAUUUGCCUCCCUACCUCACACAAGAAGCCAGAGAUCUGCUUAAAAAGCUGCUGAAAAGAAAUGCUGCUUCCCGUCUUGGAGCUGGCCCUGGGGAUGCUGGAGAGGUUCAAGCUCAUCCAUUUUUCAGACAUAUUAACUGGGAAGAACUGCUGGCUCGAAAGGUGGAGCCCCCCUUUAAGCCUCUGUUGCAAUCUGAAGAGGAUGUGAGUCAGUUUGAUUCAAAGUUUACACGUCAGACACCUGUUGACAGCCCAGAUGACUCAACUCUCAGUGAAAGUGCCAACCAGGUCUUUCUGGGUUUUACAUAUGUGGCUCCAUCUGUACUUGAAAGUGUGAAAGAAAAGUUUUCCUUUGAACCAAAAAUUAGAUCACCUCGAAGAUUUAUUGGCAGCCCACGAACACCUGUCAGUCCAGUCAAAUUUUCUCCUGGGGAUUUCUGGGGAAGAGGUGCUUCAGCCAGCACGGCCAAUCCUCAGACACCUGUGGAAUACCCAAUGGAAACAAGUGGAAUAGAGCAGAUGGAUGUGACAAUGAGUGGGGAAGCUUCAGCACCACUUCCAAUACGACAGCCAAACUCUGGGCCAUACAAAAAGCAAGCUUUUCCCAUGAUUUCCAAACGACCAGAGCACCUUCGAAUGAAUCUAUGACAGAGCAAUGCUUUUACCGAAUUUAAGGCAAAAAAAAAAAAAAAAAAAAAAAAGGUGGGGAGGAGAUACAUGAGCUUCCUGCAAGGUGAAAUAAGAAGAUUCAAACUGACAGUCUCAAAGAGUCAAAGAGUCAAUCUGUUACAUAGAACACUUUGGACAGAGGAAGAAUAAAACAUGGAUUUUAAAAAAUCAAUGGUGCAAAAAAAAAAAAAACUAAGCAAAAUAGUAUUGUGGAACUCUUAGGCACAUCAGUUAAUUGAUUCUAAGCGACAUCUUCUCAACCUUACCAAGGAUUUUCUUGUUGAUGGGUCAAAACUGACAGUAUUAAAGACAGGAUGUUGCUUCUGAAUCACUGUUAACAUUUGGAUUGUGUCGAAGAAGGGUUAUCUUUCAUUAGGCAAAGUAUGAAAUUGCCUGUCAUACUUGCAACUAAGGACAAUUUAGCAUGCAAGCUUGGUCAAACUUUUUCCAGCAACAUGGAAUCAAAGACAAAAGAAACUUGUCAAUUGAUGUUUUACGUGCAAACAACCUGAAUCUUUUUUUUAUAUAAAUAUAUAUUUUUCAAAUAGAUUUUUGAUUCAGCUCAUUAUGGAAAAUAUCCCAACUUUAAAAUGCGAAAUUAUUGGUUGGUGUGAAGAAAGCCAGACAACUUUCUGUUACUUCUUUUGGUGAAAUAAUAAAAAUACAAAUGAAUCAUUGUUAACCACAGCUGUGGCUCGUUUGAAGGGUUGGGUGGACUUGGGGUUUAUUUUCAGUAACCCAACUGCAAUACCUGUCUAAUACUUGGGGGAAAAAAAGAAUCUAUUUGGUCAUUUCUACUUGGAGUACUGUUACAUGCUAAGCUUAACUGGAAGCCUUGGAAAUAGGCAUAAGUUGUAUGUCCUUCAUUUCAUCCUUGUUCUGGGCCUGCAGUGCACUGGAAAAAUAUUGCCACCUGUUCUUAUACCAGUAUUUGGUUCAAGACAACAACCAAAUGUGUUCAGCCUAUGGCUGAAGGAGGACAGAAGAGUCAGGAUAAAAUGUAUACUGAGGGCGGCAAAAUAAGGGACUUGGGAAGAUCCAGGGGAAGAGGGUGUUGCCAUGGUCCACUCUCUGUGACUAAUCUCUUUACAGCAGAUUGGUAAGGUUUUAAGUUUUGCUUCUUUUUACUGUUUUUGCUGUCUACCUUCCUUACAUUUUUUUCCUCAGCAGUUUUCAAAGGAAAAAAGGUAUAAUUUGUUUCUCCUAUACCGGGGCUACAUUUUUUGAUUGUAAAAAUAUUUGAUGGCCUUUUGAUGAAUGUCUUCCACAGUAAAUACAAAAACUUAGUGACUUAAUUUAGGAAAUAAGUUAUCAAGACUGUGUUUUUGAAAUUGUAACAAAAUUACAUAAGUGAUUUAUAGGUACAAAGAAUAAAAUAGGUAACUUUACCUUUCUUAAAUACUUCCUGCCUUAAAGAGAGCAUUUCCAUGACUUUAGCUGGUGAAAGGGUUUACUAUCUGCAGAGCUUUAUAAAAAAAAUUACUUCAGUGCAAACUGGUAUAAUAGAUGAUCAUGCAGUUGCAGUUGCGUCUUACCACCUCUUUUUGUUUUUUAUAAUGUCUUCAGUCUGAGUGUGCAAAGUCAGUUUGUAGUAUUUUGCAACCCUAUGAUUUUAAAAAUAGAUGCUGCUUGCUGUAUUUUCCAAACUUUGAGCCAUAGGAUCCAAGCCAUAAAAUUCUUUAUGCAUGUUGAAUUCAGUCAGAAGAGAGCAAAGCUUUGCUUAUUUAAAUGGCAGUUCAAGUGAGAUGAGUUGAAAUCCUAUGACAUUAGGCAAAAAUCGAACCACAAAAACUUAUUGGAAAUAUAGCUUGAAUUGUGGCAAUAAAUGAAAGAGUUGGUAACAGUUCAUCUCUGGACAGAAAAGCACCCUCCCUCCUUUUUUUCCUUAGAAUCAUUCCUUGUAGGCUCCCUCCUCCUCUAUUGCAGCAGCUUGUUGAGAAUUCUGUGACUAUAGGUAGUAACUUAGAAGCUACAAUAAUACGGGCAGAAAUUAUACUUAAAAGUGCAGAAAUUUGUUUUAUAAGUUUAUGAUGUCUGAUAAAACAGAACCCAAAAAACUAUGGUGACAUGUAUAGACUUUAUUUAAGGCUGUAAAUGACUUGUACUGAUACUUCUUUUCAAAUGUGUUUAUUAACUGUAGUGUUAACUGUCUGACCAAAUUCCAGCUAAAUUUUGACACCAAAAUGUUUCUCCUCAGUCUUAGUAACAUUUGCACUGUGAUUGGCUGGCUAUAACCACCCUAUAGUUAAACCAUUUUCAUUAGCACUGCCAGCAAUAGUGGCAAACAUUGCAACUUUCCUGCAUAAAAAGCAUUAAUUGCACACCUACCAUCCACACAAUUAAGAGUUUUUCCAACUUUGCAGUAAGAAUUUAAUUUACUAUGCUGUGGCAAGUUUGAGAAAUUAUGUUUCAUAAAUGGAUAUCCCUACUACUAUGACUGUGAAAACAUGUCAAGUGCCACAUUAGUGUCACAGACAGAAAGCACACACCUAUGCAAUAUGGCUUACCCUAUAUUUAUUUGUAAAAAUCCAACUAUAGUUUUAAGAUACACAAUGUCAAUAUUAGUAGUCUUGAGUUUCUAAAAGGGUUCUUUAUGAUUAUUCCAGGUAAGUGUAUAAAAGAGACUGCUUUUCUUUUUACCAUCACUUAUUUUCUUUAAAAUCAAGCUAUUACAGGAUAUUUUUUUAUUUUAUACAUGCUGUUUUUUAAUUAAAGUAUAAUCACUGAAAACUAAAGUUUACUAAUUUUGAUUUUAUAAGGUUCGUAGCAUUACAGAAUAAACUGGGAUUUAUAAACCAGCUGUGAUUAACAAUGUAAAGUAUUAAUUAUUGAACUUGAACAGAUUUUUAAGAAAAUUAUGUUCUUUUUGCCCUUUAUGCUCUUAAAUAAUUUGCAUCCUUCCAGAAGGAUUUUUUCCAUACUAUUUUUCAAAAUAGAACAUAAUUUGGGGGGGAUGCAUGUAUGAUACUCCAUAAAUUCAACAUUCUUUACUAUAGGUAAUAAAUUAUUAUAAAUAAAAUGCAUCUUCAAUAGUAGUAGUAUACUGAACCUUGGAUUUUAUAUUUAUUAUAGGAUCUAACUAUUUUGGUUACUCAGACAUAUGGUUCCUAGCUUAUAAGGGCUAGAUCUCAGAUUAUUCUCAUGAGAAAUGUUGAAUUUAUGAAGAGUGGAUUUUGAAGCUUUGGAAAUGGUUAAUUUCUCAAACAAAAAUAGCAAUUUCCAAACCACUAUCUUUUUUCCUUGGAGUAGACACUAGCAAGCUGAACAAAGCAUUCGUAAAAGUAUUUGUCACACAUGACUUGUGGUCUCUUGCUGAUAAAAUUUUCUUGUGUGAUUCUUAAUUUACUACUACAGCACAAGUAUUAUCUCAGUGGAUUAUCUGAAGUAACAUCUGAAAGAUGGGUUCAUUUGUGUUUGCUCUUUUUAAACUAUUACUUUUCUCCUUCUCCGAGUUGGCUUUGCAUUUGUCAGAGUAAAAUUCUUCAGCUGCCUUAUUAGGAGUGCUAUGAGGGUAACAACUUUUCUGCUUUUCAUCUGUACUUAGUUUACUGUAUUAUUUGAUUUUGGAUUGAAUGAAUGUAAAUAGAAAUUAAAUGAAAAUCUGAAUGAACAUAAAA